AUGGAAGUCGCAGGACCCUCAGCACCAUGUUCCACCCAUGAGAGACUAGCUUUGAGCAAUCUCCCCCUAGAUGAUUACAACACCCUUUCUUGCAAGGUAUACAACGAGACCUUGAAAGCCAGCAAUUGGGCAUUACAGUCCCGCAAGCAGAAUGUAGUAGCUCCUGAACAGCCCAGCGUCCCUAACCACCAUGACUGGCACAACGUCGAGCCGGCAUUCAUACAGCAGGAACUUAAUCUAAACCAGCUUCAUCAAAAUGCUCACGACACAGUUGAUAGCUUGCCGGAUGCUCAAUCGUGGAACGAAAGCACAUUGGUAUAUCGAUCACGCGAGCCAAGUGUGAUAGCUGCCGAACGGCCCAAGUACCCAAGCACUCAAGACUGGGAAAACAUCAAGCCGAUCUUCACGAAGCUGUACAGCACGGAUAACAGAGCUUUAAAAGAUGUUAAGACCAUACUCGAGAAAAAUUAUGAUUUCGUAGCGACUGAGCGCAUGUACAAAGGGCGCAUAAAUGCCUGGAACCUCCACAAGAAUUUGAAAAAGGCCGAGAAAGCAACUUUGAUUCGAAAAGUCCGCCAGAAAAGGAGACCAAACCCGCCCCUUUUCAAGGGCCGCCCGGUCCAGAUGCAUCGACUUCUACGUUAUUGCAAAGAGAACAAAGUCCCGACUAGCGGCUUGGAAGCAGUGGUACGUCGAGGAGGGCAGCGACGUAUGACGUCACUGGUUGAUGUCAGUAGCGGUGCAGAAUCAGAAACAUACAACCUACAGUCGUUGUUUCGAACACCUUCUCCGCCGGCUCGGCCCAUCGCAAUCCAUGGUGAUAUGCGGACUGCAGAGUUGAUCAUAUGGACCAAUGAAGUCUAUUUGAAGGAAUAUUUCACAACUGGGCUGGGUACCUACUACUUCAAGCCAGAAUUGACCAUCGCAGCCCUUAAUGGACGUCCUACACAAGCCUCGGUUUCGACGAAAAAUGAGGAAGCUUGGGACCGCGUUGUGGACCCUUUGUCCAUGAUUAAACACAUAACAGAUGCAUUUUGCGCCUUGCAGUCUGGUUUCGCUCAAUUAGCAUUUACAACAGUUAGCGAAGCGUUUGACCUUUUGGAGACCUUCUUCAAGCAGCAGACACCUAUACUCUUACCGUGCCUUAUCUGUGUUUUCGAAAACAGGACAAGAGGCGAAUCUGACUUUUCUAGACAUGUACGACAAUUUAUUCUCAGCAUGGGCACGACUGUUCUUGGUAGUGCACACCCUCUCUUAGUAAUUCUCAACUCUUUGUGCACAAUUUCAUCCACGAAUGGAAAAAUGUUUGCCUGGCGUGUCGUUACUGACAGCUUCAGCAAGUUCUUUGAUGUCCUAAAAAUUCCUGGCAUGCUUUUGUACCUGCGCUUGUUUUACAUUGAUGGGCUGAGGGGGAGAGGGUGGGUACAAGAAGGGCAAGACUAUUUAGAGGCGGUGUGUAGUCCAGAGGAGGAGAUAGAAGGGCAGAAUGUGGACUAUAUCCUUGUAAAAGCGAUCUUGUUACGCAAGCAGCACAAAUUUAUCGAAGCGGAAGUUGAAUAUAGAAGAUGUCUGGAGCUCUUAGAAGGGGCUGGGUGUGAUAUUUUGGCGAAUGGUUUACCUUCUAAAUUACUGUCCCGGUGGCAUUAUUUAGACGUUUGUCUGUUUGGCCUGGGGAGAAUACUAAAGGCCACAGGGAGGAUCGACGAGGGGCAGGCCAUGUAUAGGGGGUAUAUUGAAUUGGUUUGUGCUGCAUAUGGUCCAGACAGCGUUGAGACCCAGGUUGCAACAUCCGCGUUCGAUGACUUUCUCGUCGAAAAUGGAUAUAUCGAAGAGAGCGCAGCGUUGAGGGCUCAAUACCCCUUCCUCCUUGGUCGGUACGGAGACGAAGGUCGGUUGGGGGACUCUCAGGGCAACAGGCAACGAAUCACACUUCAUCUGCUCGUAUCCAACACGAACUAA